UGCGUGUCGCAGUUCUCACCCGCGGGUAACAGCUAUGUAUGGACUACAGAUGAUCUUCUUCCAGCAUUCGUAUACGUGACCAUACGUGCUCAACUGCAACAUUUAGGCGCCGAAAUUCGUCUUAUCGAAGAUUUUGCACCACAGCUGGAAGGAAGUGGACAAAUUGAACUGAUGUUCACUACCCUUAGAGCUAGAAUUAACAUGUUCAUUUUGGAUGGUUUAUGGUUGAAUUUAUCAAAGAGAACGAAUAACAAUAUCGCCUCAGCGCUUCUAAUCACAACCAUCCUAUGUACCAUUCUAACAAUCGUCCGUCCUCAACAACAACAACAACAACAACGACAGUCAAAUUUGAAUGAUAACGAUAAUCUUUACAUUCUCAUUGAUGAGAUUAGUGUUUAUACAUGUCGAGGAGCUAAAAAUGAGAUUAAGCUAACGGAAGAUGAUAUUAAUAUUGUGAAUGAGAAAGGUAAUCGUGUAUACUUUAUCAAGGCACCCGGCAAGUACUCUUUACAUUUCAAAAAGCUUGUUGUUACCAAAAAUAUUGGAUAUUUGAGUGGCGAAAUUGGUGUCACACUUCAAGUGCCAAUUAUCGAAGGUCCUGCAGGAAUUCGUUUCGAUUUGCCUUAUACAGUGGUACCGGAAACUGGAAUUUUAGACCAGGAAUGUGACAAAUACAGCGGUGUCAUAGAGCGUGGUAAUCGCCAGUACUGUCGUUACUGUGAUAUCUGCGGACUUACCGCUAAACUGGAAACGGAUUUGAAUAAUAAAGGUCAUUUAUUCUUGCCCGAAGUGGCACGUGGCACUGAAGAAAAAUUUGCGCCAUUUUGUAAUCGAAUUGCAUCGAAUAUUUAUGAAUUCAAUCGGACGAUUAAUUUACCUGGUAGACGUGAACUGGAAAUGCUGAUCAACGAAAAAGUUCAGGGACUGGACGGUGAGAUUCGUCAGCGUCUAAAUAAAAAACGAGGUCGGUUUCAAGUAUUUCUGAAUUUAAUUAGUGCCGAACAACCAGCAAUCAAACAAGACGAUUGGUUUGCAAAAUCCGCUGAUGUAAAUGUUUUUUUGCAGUGUUUUUUUGUCUUGUUAGGAACUCGGAGAACUUCACCGCAUCUAUCGGAUAUUGGUGAAAUCAGUAAUGUUGUCCAGACUUUAACCGAAAGAUGUGUGGCAAAAAUGCCUCAAAGAUUGACCCAUUUGCGGCGUUACUGUGCAAUCUUCUGGAAUGAUAAAUUGUGUUGUUCACAUUGUCCUGACGUAUGUCAAUCUUAG